AAUGCAUCUGCUACAAUGUGCAACAAUGUAACGCAGGGCACGCUACAUUGUAAUAGCCUAGGUGUUUUUGUUUGUUCGCUACAGUAGCCUCAUACAAGAGGGUGCAUAGAUCAAAGACGCCUCCGAUUACUGUUUGAUUGUGGGGGUUAUAGAAGACUCUGUGCCAGGUCUGGAUGUUUAUUUGCUCCAAAGAUGUGGGCCUUGUAAAUAAACAGGUUUAAGGUCAGGUGCUGAUUUUUCCAUUGUGGGUCACUGACGCCCCUCCACCACCACCACCACCACCUCCGCCCCUUUCUCCCCUCUCCCGCUCACUCUCAGAGUGUAAGCUGCAGUCUUACAGCUCCAUUCUCAGAAACACCGAAAACUCCAGUCAUUUCAAGGCUCAUUCAGGCACACUUUAGCUGCCACAAUACCCCUGGCGUACCAAGUAACCUACCUCGAGAUUCGCGGUCAUUCUGUCUUCGUUUAGCCGCGAAAAGCAGCAGAAAAGGAGUCAGUUUGUCAUAGUUAAAAUAUUACGGCGAAAAUGGGGGGAAACUCGUCGUUUGCGCACUGAAGUUGGGUCUUUCCUUGUGGAAGUGAAAGAGGAGGUGGCGUGAGUACCACGAGCUCACUCGCUCUUUGAAAGAGUGGGGCCUGCCUGGAGGUUGCUGAAGAUGAGUAUAACAAGUGAUGAAGUCAACUUUUUGGUCUACAGAUAUUUACAAGAGUCAGGUUUCUCUCACUCAGCGUACACCUUUGGCAUCGAGAGCCACAUCAGCCAGUCCAACAUCAAUGGAACUCUAGUGCCCCCUGCUGCCCUCAUCUCCAUCCUGCAGAAGGGCCUGCAGUAUGUGGAGGCCGAGAUCAGCAUCAACGAGGAUGGUACAGUAUUUGACGGGAGGCCCAUCGAGUCGCUGUCGCUGAUCGACGCGGUGAUGCCGGACGUGGUGCAGACGCGGCAGCAGGCCUUCAGGGAGAAGCUGGCGGCCCAGCAGCAGGCCAAUGCAGCCAUGCCAGCCACCAGCAGCAGCGGCGGCGGCAGCAGUGGCGGCCCUGUCGGAGGCAGCAGCAGCAGCAGCAACCAGCAGAAAUCAGCGGAGAAUGGAGAUGUGGUCAACGGAGACGAGAACGGCACCCACAACCUGAACAACCACUCGGAGGCGAUGGAGAUCGAUGGGGAGGUUGAGAUUCCGGCCAGCAAGGCCACAGUGCUGAGGGGCCACGAGUCUGAGGUCUUCAUCUGCGCCUGGAACCCUGUCAGCGAUCUUCUGGCCUCAGGGUCGGGAGACUCCACAGCCAGAAUAUGGAACCUGAAUGAGAACAGCAAUGGCAGCUCUACCCAGCUGGUGCUCCGCCACUGCAUACGAGAAGGAGGCCAAGACGUCCCCAGCAAUAAGGACGUCACCUCUCUGGACUGGAAUAGCGAUGGAACUCUGCUCGCGACAGGAUCCUAUGACGGAUUUGCAAGGAUAUGGAGAAAAGACGGAAAUCUAGCCAGCACCUUGGGGCAGCACAAAGGACCCAUAUUUGCACUGAAAUGGAACAAGAAGGGCAACUGCAUCCUCAGUGCUGGCGUUGAUAAGACGACAAUCAUUUGGGAUGCGCACACCGGUGAAGCCAAGCAACAGUUUCCCUUCCACUCAGCACCAGCUCUGGAUGUGGACUGGCAGAACAACACCACGUUUGCAUCCUGCAGCACCGACAUGUGCAUCCACGUGUGCCGCCUUGGCAGCGAUCGACCGCUGAAGACCUUUCAGGGACACACGAAUGAAGUAAACGCCAUUAAAUGGGACCCGUCGGGCAUGUUGCUGGCCUCUUGCUCAGACGACAUGACUUUGAAGAUCUGGAGUAUGAAGCAGGACUCGUGCGUACAUGACCUCCAAGCUCACAGUAAGGAGAUCUACACCAUCAAAUGGAGCCCCACGGGUCCUGGCACCAACAACCCCAACUCCAACAUCAUGCUUGCCAGUGCAUCGUUUGACUCCACGGUGCGUCUGUGGGACGUGGAGAGGGGGGUGUGUAUCCACACUCUCACCCGGCACCAGGAGCCCGUCUACAGCGUGGCCUUCAGCCCCGACGGCAAGUUCCUGGCCAGCGGCUCCUUUGACAAAUGUGUCCACAUCUGGAACACCACGAGUGGAGCAUUGGUGAACAGCUACAGAGGAACGGGAGGCAUCUUCGAAGUUUGCUGGAACAGCACAGGCGACAAAGUGGGAGCAAGUGCCUCGGAUGGUUCAGUGUGUGUUCUUGAUCUUCGAAAGUAGAUGCACAAGGAGGAACAAGACGGAUACUCAACAUCUGUGCCACAUGCAGACAAGAUGGAUGCUGAACAUCUGUGCCCCGGCACACCUCUCUGAACUGGAGAUGAUCAGGGGCAUCAGCAACCAUCUGCUCUCUACUCGAACGGCUGAUUGAAGGGUCUGGCACGCGGGGCAGGGAACUAAAGCGGGUGGCUGUGCCAGAGUUGGGAAGACACUUUUUAAAGAAAGCAUGAAAGAGAGACAGAAAUUUGAAACGGGCAAACAAAAACAAAAAAACAAGAAUUAAAAGAUUUGGCUGUCCUGCCUCUGAAGACAUGACAGCAGCAGGUGGUGUCAUCCCCACAGCCCUCUGCCUCAAACAUGACCCAGGUCCACUGAGGAAACAACGGGUGUCUCUGACUGGAGGGGUGUGUGUCGCGGGAGAGCGCUAGUCACACGGCUGCAUUAGAUCACCUUGUCUGUGGCCGGGGAAAAAAAGAGAGAAAAAGAAAAUGCUGCCGAUCUGGGCUGAGAACACAGAGUCUGCUGUCAAGACGGAUCACCAAGGGGAUUGGAGCCGAGAGCGAUGAGCUGGGGCUGGCCAUGGCUUUUAAGGCGCUGCUGCUGCAGCUGCGGAGAUGGCUAAGAUGUGGAAGGAGAUCUUUGGCACUGUGGGAUGGGAUGGAUGUCUGGGUGUGUGCGUGUGCACUAUAUUCUGACCAUUUCCAAAAGGGUGGAGUAGGAGUGACGUCAGCAUUGGCCUUCACACACUGUUUUCCUUUCUUACUUUUCAAAAAGUCCUUGAGCUGAGGGGGUUUGGAAAUCAGGGAGGGGGAGGGAGAGAGAGAAAUCUCAAGGCUCAGAAUGUGCUGUAUUCAGUAUAACAGUGUCUUUUUGAAUUGAAAUUGAAACUGCUGACGCAAAAGGUUUUUUAUAUUAUAAAGAUGUUUUAUUCCCCGUG